UAACAUAAACCGUACUCUGAAAUGUUUGACAGUCUCUUUUUGCUGCUCACAUCAGUUGGUUUGCUGUCUGCGGCUCCUUCCCAUUCCAAUAGUCUGGGCCAAAUGACUGUGGAUGGUGGGAGGAUCAUUGGAGGUGUCGAGAUAUCCAUCGAGAAAGCGCCCUGGCAAGUAUCCCUGGAACUGAACGGCUAUAACUGGUGCGGUGGUGUCAUCUAUAGCAAGAAUAUUAUUAUAACUGCUGCCCACUGUGCCUAUGAUAAGUUGCCAAACGACCUUUCAGUGCGUGCUGGCGCCACCACCCACAACUUAGGUGGCUCAGUGGUUGGAGUGUCUGCCAUCUCAUUGCAUGAGCAGUAUGAUAAUAUAAUUGCAACAAAUGAUAUAGCCUUGCUGCUGUUAAGCUCGCCCCUUCGGCUGAGCAAGUUCGUGCAAGUCAUUCCACUGGCCACAGAGGAGCCUAGCAUUGGAUCCACAGCCAGCGUUUCCGGUUGGGGUUACACUAACGGGCCGACAUCCAAUCGUUUGAGGAGCGUUAAUGUUGAUAUUGUGGCACGCGCCGAGUGCUUAAAGGUGUACGGUGAGAAAGUAUUCAUUCGGACAUCGAUCUGUGCAAGUGCUCCUGGCAAGGAUGCAUGCGUAGGUGAUUCUGGAGGUCCUCUGGUGUACCAGGGCCAAUUGGUCGGCAUUGUUUCCCAUGGCAAGGGCUGUGCCCUUUCAACAUAUCCGGGUGUAUAUGCAAAUGUCCCCACACUGAAUAAGUGGAUUUUACGGACCGCUUCUGUUCUACAUCAAGACGAAGAAAUGUAAAAAUUGUUACCAGCUUGUUAUAAGUCAAUAAGUCUGAAUAAUAUUGCUACAUGCUUUCUUCCUUUUAAUAAAAAUUGCAAUCUUAAA